AUGGUGCAAGAAGGGAUGGUUCAUGAUCCUAAUGAUCCGGAAUUUAUAUCAGCAAUGAAAUUUCUAGCAUUGCCACAGGAAGAAAAGAUUAAACUUCGAUCGCAACCGUUCGAUGCUAAGAAAGCAUGUUGGAUACCAGAUCCAAAAGAGUCGUUCAUUGCUGCUGAAAUCGAGAGUACUAAAGAUGAUCAAGUAACAUUCAUGCAUCAAUUGACAUGUAAUGGUGUCCUUGAAGGUAUUCGUAUUUGUCGAAAAGGCUUUCCCAAUCGAAUGAUCUACUCGGAAUUCAAGCAACGGUAUUCUAUUUUGGCACCGAAUGCCAUUCCCCAAGGAUUUGUCGAUGCAAAAAAAGCUACAGAAAGUAUCCUGACUUCGAUCACUUUGAACGAAGAACUGUAUCGUUGCGGUAAUACAAAGGUUUUCUUCAAAGCAGGAACAUUAGGUCAAUUGGAAGAUCUACGCGAUGCAGCUUUAUCGAAAGUGAUUUCGUCUUUACAAGCCCGAAUACGUGGUUUUAUUAUGAAACGAUCCUAUAGGAAAAUGUUAGAUCAACGCUUAGCAUUGUCGGUUUUGCAGCGUAAUUGUCGUAAAUACUUGUCACUUCGUAAUUGGCCAUGGUGGAAAUUGUAUACGAAAGUCAAACCUUUACUGUCGGUCGCACGACAGGAAGAAGAGAUGAAGAAACUUGAAGAAGAAUUCAAAGCGUUGAGAGAAGCAUUGGCGAAAGAAGAAAAGUUGCGAAAAGAAAUGGAAGAUAGCAAUUCGAAACUAGUACGAGAAAAGAAUGAUAUUUUUCAACAACUAGAAUCCGAACGUACUGGAUCAUCGGAAGCUCAAGAACGAUACACUCGUUUAGUGACACAAAAAGCUGAUCUUGAGCAACAAAUCAAAGAUCUAGAAGAACGGUGUACUCAAGAAGAAGAAACUGCCCAGGAGCUGAAUAGUAAGAAGAAGAAACUUGAACAUGAUAUUGAUGGAUUGAAGAAGGAUAUCGACGAUAUUCGUUUAAACCUUCAAAAAUCGGAAAAUGAAUGUAAAACACGCGAUAAUCAAAUUCAUACCUUACAAGACGAAAUUGCUCAUCAAGAUGAAACGAUAGCAAAAUUAACACGUGAACGUAAACGUUUAGAAGAGCAAAAUGCGAAGACAACCGAGCAAUUACAAGGUGAAGAAGAUAAAGUCAAUCAUUUGAACAAAGUCAAAACGAAAUUAGAGCAAACGCUCGAUGAAUUAGAAGAUUCGUUAGAACGAGAAAAGAAGGCUCGAGCUGACCUGGAUAAGAAUAAACGCAAACUCGAAACAGAUUUGAAAGCUCUACAGAGCAAUCUAGAAGAUGUUGAACGAUCGAAACGAGAAAUAGAGGAGAAUCUAAAAAGAAAAGACCAAGAAAUUCAGCAGAUGGGUGGACGUUUGGAUAGCGAACAAGGUCAAGCAGCAAAUCUCAGUAAGAAAAUCAAAGAAUUACAAAGUCGAAUGGAAGAGAUGGAAGAAGAACUUCAAACAGAAAGACAAUUACGGCAAAAAACUGAAAAACAACGAGCUGAUUUAACCCGAGAAAUGGACGAAAUGAACGAUCGAUUGGAAGAAGCGGGUGGCGCAACGUCGACACAAGUUGAAAUGAACAAAAAGCGUGAAGCCGAAUUAGGUAAACUUCGGCGAGAUUUAGAAGAAGCCAAUCUUCAACAUGAAGCAACUACAGCCCAAUUGAAGAAAAAGCACCAGGAUGCUGUCAACGAAAUGGGUGAACAGAUUGAUCAAUUGCAAAAGAUCAAGAAUCGUUUAGAAAAAGAAAAGCAAACGGUGAAAUCCGAGGCUGAUGAUAUACGCUCCCAACUUGACCAUUCACAAAAAGGUAAACUCGCUGCUGAGAAACUCUCGAAACAAUUGGAACAGCAACUAAACGAUAUCAAUAGUAAAAUGGAAGAGAACGUUCGCCAAUUGAAUGAUUUAAAUCAACAAAAGUCGAAGUUAUCGAAUGAAAAUUCUGAUCUCACUCGACAACUUGAAGAUGCCGAACAUCAAAUAGCAGUACUGACAAAGACGAAAACCACGACACAGCAACAGUUGGAUGACGCGAAGAGAACAUUGGACGAUGCAUUACGUGGAAAAGGUGCAGCCAAUACACAGUUACGUAAUUUAACCGCCGAUCUUGAACAGGCUCGUGAACAACUUGAUGAAGAACAGGAGGCUAAAAGUGAACUUCAAAGACAGGUGACGAAACUGAAUUCGGAAGUUCAGCAGUGGAAAGCUCGUUAUGAAUCCGAAGGUGUAUCUCGUAGCGAGGAAUUAGAAGAAGCGAAACGAAAAUUAGCAUCGAAGUUGGCUGAAGCCGAAGAACAAGUCGAAGCUGCAUUAAACAAAUGCAAUUCAUUGGAGAAAGUCAAAGCGCGACUUCAAGGGGAAGUCGAAGAUCUUAUGGUCGAUGUUGAACGUGCUAAUACUAAUGCUUCUUCGAUGGAUAAGAAACAAAAACAAUUCGAUAAAUUGAUCAAUGAAUGGAGACAAAAGUGCGAAGAUAUUACAAUCGAACUUGAAGAAUCACAGAAAGAAGCACGCCACUAUUCAACUGAAUUAUUUAAACUUAAAACCCAAUAUGAAGAAUCUCAUGAACAAAUCGAAGCACUUCGCAAAGAGAAUAAGAAUUUAGCAGACGAAAUCAAAGAUCUUCUGGAUCAGUUGAGUGAUGGUGGAAAGAAUGUUCAUGAACUUGAUAAAGCUCGUAAACGUGCCGAAUUAGAAAAGGAAGAACUUCAAGCUGCUUUGGAAGAAGCUGAGUCAGCGCUCGAACAAGAAGAAGCGAAAGUUCUUCGCGCACAAAUGGAACUGAGUACAGUUCGUCAAGAAAUCGACCGUCGAGUUCAUGAAAAAGAAGAAGAAUUCGAAAAUACAAGACGCAAUCAUGCACGUGCACUGGAAUCCAUGCAAGCGAGUCUGGAUGCUGAAUCACGUGCUAAAGCUGAGGCGUUCAAACAAAAAAAGAAACUUGAAACUGAUAUCAACGAACUUGAGAUUGCACUUGAUCAUUCGAAUCGUAUCAAUGCCGAUACUCAAAAAGCUCUCAAACGGCUUCAACAGCAAUUAACAGAUCUACAAACGCAAAUUGAACUCGAACAACAGCAACGAGAUGAAGCACGCGAAGCUGCAGCCGCUGCUGAACGCCGUGCUAACGCUAUUAGUGGCGAAGCUGAAGAACUGCAUACAUCUUUAGAACAAGCUGAACGUGCGCGAAAGGCUGCGGAAAUGGAAUUGCACGACAUUGCUGAUCGUAUCAGUGAUUUAAGUACGCAAAAUGCCAAUUUAGCAUCACAAAAACGGCAAUUAGAAUCAGCAACAACAGCUAUGCAGGCCGACUUGGAUGAAGCACUUAGCGAAUUGAAGAAUAGCGAAGAACAAUCGAAGAAAGCCAGUGCUGAUGCUAUUCGUCUUGCAGACGAAUUACGUCAAGAGCAAGAACAUGCCAUUCAUCUUGACCGAUUACGUAAAAGUCUUGAACAACAAAUCAAAGAUCUUCAAGGACGUCUUGAAGAAACCGAAGGAAACUCACUCAAAGGUGGCAAACGGGUCAUUGGUAAACUCGAACAGCGCAUUCAUGAAUUAGAAAAUGAAAAUGAACUAGAACAACAUCGCCAUCAAGAGACCUUGAAAGAACUACGUAAAAAUGAUCGCCGUUUGAAAGAUUUAGCCUUUCAAGCAGAAGAAGAUCGAAAAAAUCAUCUGCGUUUACAAGAUCUCAACGACAAACUACAAGCUAAAAUCAAAGUCUAUAAACGUCAAGUUGAAGAAGCUGAGGAAAUUGCUGCUGUCAAUUUGGCAAAAUACCGCAAAGUUCAAACUGAACUGGAGGAUUCAGCUGAGCGAGCGGACAUGGCGGAAAAUCAACUGGGCAAAUUACGAGCUAAAAAUCGAUCUUCUGUUAGUCUGAGUCGCACAUCUCCGGCACGUGAAAUGCGCGAAUCAACUGUCAAUUAUCGGGCUGCAUCAACCGUACGUGCUACAUCAGUUCGUCCACGUUAA